AGCUUUCCACUAGCAAAUAGGUAAUAUUAUGUUACAAUGUACCCGUUUCUUGAUAUUUAAGAUUCAGUUGAGCUAAUUGAAAACAUCAUAUUAGGUGGCGUAACUGGGAGCGUGGUGACCGACGAUAUAGAUAUAUGAAGCUAGCUCACUUUAGGAAGGCCUUUGAUGAACUUCAGGAAGGCCAGUUUGUCUGGGUUGCUUAUGUUGUGGAUCAUGUGGAUCCGAACAUAAUUCCUCCUGAAAUCUACAUGCAAUCGGUUGUAUGGAGUGCUACAGUUCCAUUGGUGUCCUUUGAAUGUAUCGAGUGGCAUGCCACCGAUAGGGUCAGGCGACGGUUCGGUUUCAUUCAGGGAGUACCUAAUCAGGAGCAGAAUCUGGAUAAGGCGCAUGGGGAGGUUUUGACUGGUCCUAAGAAUCUUAACUGGGCCACGGCACCGAGUCAUUCAAUUUGGGUGAUGCAUUGGACAAACAGGUAUCACUACGUUCUUUCUGAGCUUCCCAUCCCUUCACAGCAUCCAUUGGAUAGUUACAUGAACUGGUACCGAUCAAAAUUUGGGACCGCUUAGCCUUGUCGAAUCUUGUGGGUGAAGAGGAUGCGGGUAAUGAGGAUAUGGAUGCGGGUAAUGAGGAUAUGGAUGAGGGUAAUCAGGAUACCGAUAAGGGUAGUCAGGAUAUGGAUGAGGACAAUGAAGAACAGGAGCCACAUAUAUCACCUCCAAAUCCGCUUCCACAAGAACAACCUCAGUCCUCAAACCAGUUUGUACCUCAGACACAGUUCACCCCAUCAUUUUCAAUGCAGCAACAAUAUUGGGGUAUGUCACAGUUUGAAACAGGCGAAGGAGGUUCUUUUAGCCAGUUGCUUGGGUUCAUGGCUGCAGAUGCCGCACAAUCACAAUAUGGCCAUCAGGUUGAGUUCAUGCCAGGCAGGUAUUCGUUGGAUGCGAGGUAUCCAGGCCAUACCUCAUCCGUUGCUUCCGGGGGUUCGUAUCUGUUGAUGACUCUAGUAGGAGUGAGGGUGGACGCGGUGUUCUCAAUAGUCAAAAUCCUAACCGUCUUAACAUGGGACUCAUUGAGGAAGACACUAACACACUCGAACAAGAAACCGAUGCCUAUCUAGUAGACGACCCGGAUGACGAGGGCGAUGGUGAGGAUGAUGAAAUUGAAGAGUUCGAUGAGGAUGAAAAAUCUCGUAACGAUGGUAUUAUGUUAACUAUUUUGCUUUACAUAUACGAUAAGUUAU